AUACUCUUAAUUGCAAAAUGAAUGUCAAAUUGAGCCAUCUUCAAAUGAAAAAUUCGUUAAUGCAUUAAACUAGAAGUUGAAUAAGAAGUGGAGCAGCUACAACUUUCGUUAUUCGUAAAUUUCUCAAGAUGACUCACUAUUCUUUAUUUUGUAUUUUAUUUGUUAUUUCAUCAUUCACAGAAAGAUGUUAUGGGUUUACUUGUGUUAAGGAAAACUCUUGUAAAUGUAGACUAGAUGAUGGGACUGUCAUUGACUUAUCGCCGUUAGCGUUGACGAGCGGAAACCCGAAAUAUAAAGAUGUACCUGACGCCGGCGCUGGUGACGUCUUCUCGUAUAACCCUUGUUACAGUUUUACAGAAAAUGCGUGUAAUGAUGUUUCAGUAUGUCAGAUACGGAAUGGUGCUGGGUUCAGUGCGGGAACACAAGAUAGUGCAAGAUUUCAGUAUGAUGAACAAAACGGACUGGCUCUUGUGUAUUCAGCAACGAGUGAUGUAUUGAGAACUACAUAUACGUAUCUCCAGUGUGAACCUGAUCAGGAGGGAGCUUUAAAUGUACUAGGUGAAAUUGUAGCUGAUGGUAACUAUUAUUUGUAUUUGGCUAGCAAAUACGCCUGUCCAACUAAAGACACGUCUGGUUCCAGUGGUGGUUUGUCUGGUGGAUCUAUUCUUUUGAUUGUAGUUGUUGUCUUAUUAUUUGUUUACCUUAUCGGAGGUUUCGCAUUCCAAACAGCUGUGAAAAAGGCAGAGGGCAAAGACAGAAUACCAAACUUUGGUUUCUGGGUGGCAUUACCAGGCUUGAUUAAGGAGGGAUUUUCCUUGACCUUCAAUACAGCAAAAUUAAAGGCUGGAUAUAAUUCGAUAUGAGAUUUUAUGAAUGAAUAUGUGGAUUAUGGAAUAGACAUUUGGACACAAUAUUUUAAAUGUGGCCAACUAUAUACAUGGCGAUGUAAUAGACUAUUGCUUUUAACUGAUCCUGUUAUAUGAAUAUUCAGUAUAAAAUAUAUUGUUUUAGAAUGUAUAUGAAUAUAUGUGUU